AUGGCGGCGGCCGCGCGGCGGGGCGGUGGGGGGACGCGGCCUCUCUCCCUCCUGCUGCUCCUGGCGCUCGGGCCCGCGGCGGCCGGCGGGGCGGGGUCCGAGCCGGGGCGCUGGACCGUGAGCCCCCGUAGCAACAGCACCAAGAACCUGUUUGUGUUCUCCAAGACGAUGUUCAACGGCUCCUCGAUCUCUCUCCAGGUGCUGUCGAAGGAGUGCUCCCCGGGGGUUACCCUGAACGUGACUUGGUACCUGCGAAGCUCCCAUUGUCACAACGAAGUCUACAUAGACGAGAAGAGAGCAGAGACUUACCUGGCCAAUUACAGGGCCGAGCUGGAGCCGAAGAGCUCCGGCCAGUACAUCCUACACUCCUAUAAACCCUUCAACUGCAGUCACGCGGUCCCCCUCGAGCUGAAUGUGGAGAGUUUCGAGCUUCCCACCCGGCUGGAUCGCCUCACGGACUUGCAGCAGACAACCGGGGUCCAGCGGCGCGGGACUGUGGGUGCACAGCCCAAGGAUGCCGCAGGGAAGCAGAAGUCGUCGUCUGCUGAAUUGGCCGGUCCACCUGGCAAAAAUCCAGAAGCGGCAGGGAAGCCGAGCGAGACCCAGGGAGAGAAACUGGACCCGGGAAAGACUGAUGGAACCAAGAAAUUAAAAGCAGGGAGGCAGGACAAAUCAGAGCUGUAUGCCUUAGCCGAGACCUGGGAGGACGGGCCCUACAUGUUCAUCCUGAAGAUUGAGGGGCAGAGCAAGGACCCAAAGGCUGCCCCGAACUGGGAGCUCACAAUUGAUGUCCGGAUGAAACACCCUCACUACCAGUACAUCUCCGCCUCCGAGUGGCCCCUCAUGGCGUUCUACAUGGCCAUGUGCAUCGUCUACGUGUUCUACGGGGUGUUGUGGUUGGGGCUGCUGGCCUGCUACUGGCGGGACAUCCUGCGCAUCCAGUUCUGGAUCGGGGGCGUCAUCCUGCUGGGCAUGCUGGAGAAGGCCGUCUUCUACGCCGAGUUCCAGAGCCUCCAAAGCCAGGGGGUGUCUGUCCAAGGGGCCGUGAUCUUCGCCGAAGUGCUGUGCGCCGUGAAGCGCAUGCUGGCCCGAGUGCUGGUCAUCAUCGCCAGCCUGGGGUACGGCAUUGUCAAGCCGCGGCUGGGCGCCCUGCUGAACCGGGUGGUGGGCGUGGGGCUGAUGUACCUGCUCUUCUCCAUCAUUGAGGGCGUCCUGCGGGUGAAAUCGGACCAGGGUAGCACGGCCACCCUGGUGUGCAACAUUGCGCUGGCCUUUGUCGAUUCCUGCAUCGUCUGGUGGAUCCUCAUCAGCCUGGUGCAGACCAUGAAGCUCUUGAAGCUACGGCGCAACACGGUGAAACUGUCCCUGUACCGCCACUUCACCAACACCCUCAUCUUCGCCGUGAUCGCCUCCGUCAUCUUCAUCAUCUGGACCACCAAGACCUUCCGGCUCACCAAGUGCCAGUCGGACUGGCGGGAGCUAUGGAUCGACGACGCCUUCUGGAGGUUCCUCUUCUCCAUCAUCCUGCUGGUGAUCAUGUUCCUGUGGAGGCCUUCGGCCAACAACCAAAGAUACGCGUUUGUGCCGCUGGUUGAUGAAGGGAGCGAGGAAGAGGACGAGGAAGAGGAACAUAUGGUGAAUGAGGCCUUUGAAGGGAUGAAGAUGAGGGGUGCAAAAAAUGAAGCCAAUGGGAUCCUCAAAGGCAGCCGAGUGGAUGAAGAUUUGAAAUGGGUGGAGGAAAACAUCCCCUCGUCUAUGGCUGACGUGGUGCUACCCCCUCUGCUGGACUCCGAUGAGGAAAUAGUGACCACGAAAUUUGAAAUGUCCAAGAUGGAGUGAGAAAGGAAUCCGCCCCGUUGCGCUGCAGGAUACGCCCAGCUUCCCUCCGUGGCCCGUCGGGGAAGGAGAGUUGCUGGUGGUUUUUCUUUUAAUAUAUAUAUUUGUAU